CUAUUCGUUUUUGUUUGUGUCUCUCCAUUUCCGUAGAAUUGUUUGUGCAACUUAAAUUACGUUAACAAUACACAGAAUUGUUUUCAUUGCAAAUCACUUGAAACAGUGGAUCGUAUACGGCUGCCAUUUCGUUAGAGUCUCAAUUGAUGCCAAUCGUUUGAGUAUGUUCUAGUACGUGCCCGAUAAGCGACGAUCGAUUGUGUAUUAGUUUACUAUCAGAGUGUAACACAAUCCAGACAAACAUCGAUCACAUCAUAAUCAAAAGUGAUGGCCAACCGAAACAUAUCACCGGGCACUUUGUGUGCUUUAGGACUGUUAUUAUUAGUUCAAUGUCAAGUGUUACGUGCUGAAAACAGUUGGCAAGCUCAGUGGCAAUAUGAAUCAAAGUGCGAAAAAAAUCAAACUGAAGAGUGUUUAUUAAUACACAUGAACACUGCAACUCAUAUCAAUUUAAGCAUAACCAAUUUAACUGAAACUGAACUACAAACAAUUCGAGUGGUUAGCAACGAAACCGAUCGUCUGUUGGUGUUAACGGAAAUUCUGCCGAAGGAUAUCGAAGGUGGCAAAUGGCAAGGACCAAUUGACAUUGAGGCGAUUUUUAUUGGAAAGUCUUAUCUCUUUGUGGAAAUUACUAAGAAGAAUGGAGAUCGGGAACGAUCGCAAGAAUUGCUCGUUGUUAUCGUUCGUCCAGAGAGACUAAUUGACACGCUAUUCAUUAUUUGCGUUGCCACAUUGGUUUCGAUUUUGUACAUCAAUUUUGGAGCUGCAUUGGACUUGGGCAAAGUCAAAGGUGUACUGCGUAGACCAAUUGGACCAGCUAUCGCAUUUUGCUGUCAUUUUAUAUUUUUGCCAUUGUCAAGUUAUGCGCUUGGUUUGUGGCUAUUCCCGGGAAGGGCUGAUAUGCAACUUGGUCUUUUCUUUACUGGAAGUAGUCCCGCUGGUGGCGCUUCAAACACAUGGACCGUGCUUCUCGGCGGAAACCUUGAUGCUAGCAUCACAAUGAGCACAACCAGCACUUUGGCAGCUUUUGUUAUGACACCGUUGUGGAUAUUUACGCUCGGUAAAACGAUAUUCGAUCGUGGAAACAUGAAAGUACCAUAUGGCCAAAUCGCAAGCUCUGUCUUCAGUUUAAUCAUUCCGCUUGCAAUUGGAUUGUUAAUUCAACGAUACUAUCCACGCGUAGCACGUUUCUUAGUGCGUAUUCUAAAAAUAUGUUCAGCGUGUUUAAUUCUGUUUAUUGUUAUUUUUGCAAUUGCUACGAAUUUGUACCUGUUCAAACUGUUUACCUGGGAGAUCUAUGUGGCUGGUCUAUUAUUACCGUGGCUGGGAUAUUUUGUGGGCUGGCUGGCAGCACUGAUAUUCAGACAAGAGUACGAGGAUCGUUUGGCUAUCUCAAUUGAAGCAGGAAUUCAAAAUACUGGAAUCGCCAUUUUCGUUCUUCGUAGCGCAUUGAGUCAGCCAGAAGCCGAUUUAACGACCGUUUUGCCGGUAUCAGUGGCGAUAAUGACUCCAUUCCCGCUGAUUGCAUUUUAUCUUUGCCUCAAAGUUCGAGAAUGGUUAGUACGGUCCAGGCAUCGCUACGAUAUAAUUCCCUCUGAUGAAUUUAUGCGAUAACCUGGAAUCGACGUCGACGCGAGCGUGAAUUUCCGGCCGAGAUAAAAGAAUGCAUCCAAUCCCAGGAGAGUGGAGUUUACUAGAGUACAACCACAACAAAACAAUUCAAAUAGUGAAAUGAAUGGAAAUUUCAAUUAGUUUCAUAUCAUGGUUGCGGUUUCAAAAUCAAUAUUUAAGAUAUAAAAAAAGAUUGUAUUUAUUCAUUUUAUUUUGUUUUGUUGCUGUUGCACCAUCAUUGGAUUUAUGUUUUUAUGUUAUCUGUUAAACAGGCAAUGUAAAAGCCUAAGCAGCAUCUGCAGAGACUGAUCAGUUAGCCUUUUACAAUGUUUGUGAAGAAGGAUUGUUUCACAUGCGAAAGAAUUAUUUUUUUUUUUCGAUUUUAGUUAGAAAAGUGUAGCGUAGUACAUAUUGCUCAAAUUUGGUUGUUGAGAAAACGUUUAAUCAAACAUUAUUAUCGUUACUUACAAAAUAAUGGACGGACACCCGUUCCACUAAAUAAUAAGUAAAGUAAAGCAAAAUAAAAGACCAACCCAAGCAUGGUGGCUUCCGUAGACAAUAACAACAAAUAAAAAUGUGAUCAAUUUACAUACACACAAAAUCGUAAUGAGAAUGAGGAAAAUUAUUUUAACGUUUUUUUUUUAAUGAAAUGAACGACUCUUUCUAGAAACAAAAAAAAAUGAAAAAUCCGAAUUUUUGUCUCUUAUAAAAGGAAAAUUGUAAAAUUUCAUAAUAAAAAUCGAUUGUGUUUUUUUUAUGGAUAAAAGAUUCAAA